AUGGAAGACACAGGCCCACCGCAGUACUAUGAGAACACUUUGAGUCCUCUCCCGAUAAAUACAGAGACACUCGCCAAGUCAUUUCAGGAGCUACGCGAUGCUGUUUACGUUGGUUCAGAGUUGGUUCACGCCAACGAAACGGUGCCGGAAAAAUGGUCCGUUGGAGGCAUGUUUAAGCAUUUUCCAGGUGUCGCCCUUGCAUUCCUGCGCCUUGACUACCAAUCUUCUGUACUUGCAGACGCCGGUAAACCUUCGCCAGAUUUUCGUGACUUCGCUUCGCAACGAAUUCUUUCGGGUUUCCCCGAUUGUCCUCUCCUGCCGUCUCGCCUAUCCCCAGCUGGGUCUUUCUCUCCCAUAGCGGCUGCUACAUUGCAUAUUUUGUCCAAGGUGGCGCAGACCAACUGGCAAUCUCAUUCCAAGCCCAGCUUGGCUGAGGAGGAUAUCAACCUUCUUUACGAUGCCGCCAAUCUGGCGCUGCAAAAUGGACAUCUCGUUCCACAUGGCGAUCAAAAAAUGGGAGGAGACGAGAUGCUGUAUGGCCGAGCAGGCCUACUGUGGGUCCUGCUAAACAUUCGAGCCCAUGAAUUCGACGAAAGUACUCAGAAGGCUCUUUCUCCGAUUUUCGAUACUAUCCCCCGAAUGGUUGAUGUGAUCAUCGAUGCCGGUAGGCAGGGUGCGAAGGAGUAUAUCCAAGAGCAUGGAGAGAUGGAGGCACAUCCUUUGAUGUACCCUUGGAUGGAAGGUCGCUAUUCCUUCGGAGCCGCUCACGGAAUUACCGGUAUAUUGACUAUACUUCUUUCCUCCAAGCCCGAAGAGCUCGAGAAGCACCUGCCCAUACUUGGGUCCACCAUAACAGCACUCUGCAAGCUUAGCAAUGCAACAAAUGGCCAUCUUCCGAUGGCACUUCCUCCAAUGAGCUUCGGCCAACGCUCGGAAUUUGUUCAACUCUGCCACGGCAGCCCCGGGACUCUCAUUUUACUAUCUGCAGCCUUAAAAAAUGGCCCGCUUACUAGAGAUUAUUGGUGCCCAGAGUGGGACCAGACCAUCUACCUAGGCACCCAGCGUAUUUGGGAAGAGGGCAUCUUAUCCAAGGGAGGCAGUCUAUGCCACGGGAUUUCCGGAAAUGCAUGGCCGUGGCUCAUGCUGCAUGGUGUCUUUGAAUAUCAUUCAAGCGAUAUCAACGAAGCCAGAUGCUUAUAUACCAAUCGUGCUGGAAUUUCAUCUCUACCAGCCCCAGACUUCAGCAAGGAGCUCACACCGGAUUUCUUUCUCUCCAAAGCUCUCGCUUUCAUGCUUCAUUCUCGCGAAACUCGUCCAUACAACACUGCAUCCGCAAACACGGACAAGGAGUACCGUAUGCCUGACGACCCUUACUCAUUAUAUGAGGGACUUGCGGGCAAUAUCUGUGCAUGGGCUGAAACUUGCUCUGUGCUCCAGGCGAAACUUCGCAAGAUCGAACUGAGCGAGAAGGGUGUUCCUUAUGAGAAUGAUAGUGCUUUCCAACAAGCUAUGCGUAGCCAGUUGGGAUUCCCCCUUAUUGGUGGUAAUGGGGCUGCUGGUAUUCUUUAA